AUGGUUCGUGUAAUUACUCAAGAGACGUACGACGAUGUUGUUAAAGAAAAUAUCGAUGAGUUUGAUAUGUCCCCUGAAGAGGCUAUUAAAGAAGCCGUCGCACAAUUUGAAGCUCAGGGUGUGGACCUAUCUAAUAUAAUAAAAGAUCUGGCUCUUAGCUCUAAUGAAACUCACCUUAUUUGUAUAUCUAUCAACAAUCUUAAAGAACUUUGUAAUUCUUCUAAAGAUAAGACACUUAUUUUAAAGGAAUUGGAGAUAUUCAAGACAGAAUGUAAUAAAGAUAUAGCACAUAGAGUCAGGGCAGGUAAAGAAGGUGCUUAUAAAGUUUUGAUUGACUUACUAGAUGAAAAUAUAAAAACAUACAAACAGGAAAAUAAUGAUAUAAUUAUUAAGGUUUUAAACAGUUUGGCUGCUCUAAUGGAUGUCCAACCAGAUUUAUUAGAUAUAAAAGGUGUGGAGCUAACUAAGAGUAUCUUAGAAUCCAUAGAGAAUGAUGAAAUUCUAAUAGCUACACUGCAAUGGAUUAGUGUGUGUUGUUUGAAACAUGAGAUGAAUAGACAAAAGCUAUUUGCUAAAAAUAUAAGUGAUAAUUUGAAGGUACUACUUGAGAAGAAGGAAAAUGCGAAGUUGUUAAGUGAAACAUUACAAGCUAUAAGACGUUUCACACUUGACGACGAUAUUCGUAUGGAAUUCGGUAAAGCUCACGAACAUGCUCGCGAACUUGGCACUAAUUUGUUGGAACAAUUGACUGGCUUGUUGAGAGAAAACACGAAACCCCCUCUAGUGUCUGAAUUGAUGUUAACAAUAUCGACAUUGCUAGUUCGCCACGAGCUGUGCGCGCGCGCAUACGAUGACGUGCUGUACGCGGUGCUCACAGAUAACUAUGACAAUGUGGCCGUUAUACAGCAAGCUGCUAAGUUG